AUGGAAGCCACCACCUCGCUGUUGGAUUCUGCGGCCGUCGGGGACCUGGUGCUGCUGGACCCUCUCACCGAGGAGUCCCUGCUCCGCACCCUGCAGGAACGCUUCCAGCGCGGAGACAUCUAUACGUACAUUGGGAGCGUGGUGAUCUCGGUGAACCCGUACCGCUCCCUGCCCAUCUACACCCCCGAGAAGGUGCAGGAGUACCACAACUGCAGCUUCUUCGCCGUGAAGCCCCACAUCUAUGCCAUUGCUGAUGACGCCUACCGCUCGCUGCGGGACCGGGACCAGGAUCAGUGCAUCCUCAUCACUGGCGAGAGUGGGGCUGGCAAGACAGAGGCCAGCAAGCUGGUGAUGUCCUACGUGGCGGCUGUGUGCAGCAAAGGGGAGGAGGUGGACAAGGUGAAGGAGCAGCUCCUGCAGUCCAACCCUGUGCUGGAGGCCUUUGGAAAUGCCAAGACCAUCCGCAAUGACAAUUCGUCCCGAUUUGGCAAAUACAUGGACGUGGAGUUCGACUUCAAGGGGCAGCCCUUGGGAGGGGUCAUCAGCAACUAUCUGCUGGAGAAGUCCCGGAUCGUCCAGCACGUGAAGGGCGAGAGGAACUUCCACAUCUUCUACCAGCUCCUUGCUGGGGGCUCAGCACAGCUGCUCCAGCAGCUGAAGCUCCGCCAGGACUGCAGGCACUAUGUCUACCUGAAUCGGGAGAGCUCUGACCUGCCCGGCAUGGAUGAUGCAGCCAACUUCCGUGCCAUGCAGGAUGCCAUGAGGGUCAUUGGCUUCUCACCCGCCGAGGUGACAGCGCUGCUGGAGGUGACAGCCGUGGUGCUCAAGCUGGGCAACGUGCAGCUGAGCAGCAGCUUUCAGGCCAGUGGAAUGGAGUCCUGCAGCAUUGCUGAGCCACAGGAGUUGCAGGAGAUCUGUGAGCUGAUUGGGCUGGACUCCAGCAUUCUGGAGCAGGCGCUGUGCACCCGCACUGUGAAGGCGCGGAACGAGACAGUGCACACCACCCUCAGCGUCCCCCAGGGCUACUACGGCCGGGAUGCGUUGGCCAAGAACAUUUACAGCCGCCUUUUUGACUGGCUGGUGAACAGCAUCAACACCAGCAUCCAGGUUAAAUCAGGCAAUCCAAGGAAGGUGAUGGGUGUCCUGGACAUCUAUGGCUUUGAGAUCUUCCAGGAUAAUAGCUUUGAGCAGUUCAUCAUCAACUACUGCAACGAGAAGCUGCAGCAGAUCUUCAUCCUGAUGACCCUGAAGGAGGAGCAGGAGGAAUACAUCCGAGAGGGCAUCAAGUGGACACCAGUGGAGUUUUUUGACAACACCAUCAUCUGCAACUUGAUUGAGAAUAGCAAGGGAGGGAUCCUGGCCAUGCUGGAUGAGGAGUGCCUGCGGCCUGGUGUGGUCAAUGAGGACACAUUCCUCACCAAGCUCAACCAGCUCUUCGCCACCCACAAGCACUAUGAGAGCAGGGAGACCCAGAACGCCCGGCACAUCAUGGACGCCAGCCUUCCGCCACGCUGCUUCCGCAUCCACCACUACGCUGGCAAGGUCACCUACAAUGUGACAGGCUUCAUCGAGAAGAACAAUGACCUGCUCUUCCGUGACCUCUCGCAGGCCAUGUGGGCCGCCCAGCACACACUGCUGCGCUCCCUCUUCCCCGAGGGAGACCCCCAGAAGGUCUCCCUCAAGCUGCCCCCAACUGCUGGCUUCCAGUUCAAGGCCUCGGUGGCAACAUUGAUGAAAAACCUCUACUCCAAGAACCCCAACUACAUCAGGUGCAUCAAGCCCAAUGAGACUAAAUCAGCGAUGCUCUUCACGCCGGAGCUGGUGCUGGAGCAGGUCCGGUACCUGGGGCUGAUGGAGAACGUGCGGGUGCGGCGGGCGGGCUACGCCUUCCGACAGCUCUACGGCUCCUUCCUGGAGCGCUACAAGAUGCUGACCUGGCCUCGCUGGGCCGGCAGCGACAGGGAGGGGGCUGAAGUGCUGCUGGCAGAGCUGCCAUACCCCCCCGAGGAGUGGGCGUUCGGCCACACCAAGAUCUUCAUCCGCUCACCACACACCCUCUUUGACUUGGAGAGGCGGCGCCAGGAGUGCGUGGUCCAGCUCGCCACCCUCAUCCAGAAGAUUUUCCGGGGCUGGCGGUGCCGGACCCAGUACCAGCUGAUGCGCAAAAGCCAGAUCGUCAUCUCUGCCUGGUUCCGGGGCAAUGCGCAAAAGAACAAGUACAAGCAGUUGAAGCGGUCGGCUCUGCUCAUCCAGGCGUAUGCGCGGGGCUGGAAGGUCCGCCAGGCGUACAGGAGAUAUUUCCGCUCCGGGGCCAGUGCCUGCCUGGCCAACUUCAUCUACCGGCGUCUGGUGCAGAAGUUCCUGGUGGGGCUGGAGAAGAAGCUGCCAGUGUCGUUGAUGGACCGGACCUGGCCCCCUCCGCCAUACAAGUUCCUGGCCAAUGCCAACCAGGAGCUGAAGAGCAUCUUCUAUCGCUGGAAGUGCAAGAAGUACCGGGAGCAGCUGACGCCGCAGCACAAGGCCCUGCUGCAGGCCAAGCUCUGCGCCAGUGAGCUCUUCAAGAACAAGAAGACCCUCUACUCCAAAAGCCUGCAGCAGCCCUUCCAGGGUGAGUACCUGGGGCUGACGCAGAACCCCAAGUAUCAGAAGCUCCAAGCUGUGGCCAAGGACAAGCUGGUGAUGGCCGACACUGUGAGGAAGGUGAACAGAGCCAAUGGCAAGACGGUCCCACGCUUGCUGCUGCUCACCACCAAGCACCUGGUCCUGGCUGACCCCAAGGCUGCCCAGCCCAAGACCGUGCUCAGCCUGGAGGACAUCCGCAGCGUCUCUGUCACUCGCUUCUCCGAUGGCUUUCUGGCCCUGCACCUCAAGGAGACCUCCACGGUGGGAGCCAAGGGUGACUUCUUGCUCGUCAGUGACCACCUCAUUGAGCUCGUCACGCGUUUGCACCAAACUCUGCUGGAGGCAACAGCCCAGGAGCUGCCCCUGCACAUCACGGACCAGUUCUCCACCCGUUUCCAGAAGGGCGAUGUGGCUGUCACCAUCGUGGAGUCUCCCAAGGCGGGCAGCGCUGUCCCAGUCUGCAGGAAGCGGGGCAGCCACAAGAUGGAGAUCUUGGUGCACUGA